AUUUUCAAAGUAGCGUUCGUCUUUGUUAUUCGAAACACUAACCCUAACCCUAGAUCUCGUUGACGCCAUGGCCGGCAGGGGGAAGGCCAUCGGAUCCGGAGCUUCGAAGAAGGCGACUUCGCGGAGUAGCAAAGCUGGGCUUCAGUUCCCCGUUGGGAGGAUAGCAAGGUUCCUCAAGGCCGGCAAGUAUGCCGAGCGUGUUGGUGCUGGUGCCCCUGUCUAUCUCGCUGCCGUUCUUGAGUACCUUUGCUGCGGAGGUGUUGGAGCUUGCUGGCAAUGCGGCUAGAGAUAACAAGAAGACCAGAAUAGUGCCCAGACACAUCCAAUUGGCAGUAAGGAAUGAUGAGGAGCUGUCCAAGCUUCUGGGUGCUGUCACCAUUGCUAAUGGAGGUGUGAUGCCUAACAUUCACAACCUGUUGCUCCCAAAGAAGGCUGGUACUGGGUCUUCAAAGGCUGGUCCUGCUGAUGAUGAUAACUAGACAAAGGUUUC